UCAGGAAGGCUCGUUCCGGUGGCCGAGGAUGGCGGAGCUGCCUGUGGAGAUCCGGGAGCGGCUGAGCCUCUGGGAGCGCCUCCCGCGGGCCCUCGCGCCUCUCAGCCAGCGCCAGAGCGACUCCGUCGGGGAACUGCGGAACGCCUUCCUCUGCCCGCCCGCCCCGCCCGAGCUUCCCAUUGAAGAUUUAAGCAGCUUGGGACAGUUCUCAUUAAUUGUAAGACUGACAGCUACAGUCCCGGAAUCCACAGAAGACACCCUUGUGAAAGGCUUUUCCACUUUGGGAAUGGAAAGUGGACGAAUUGAAACGGCGCAGCAGUUUUUCUCAUGGUUUGCUCAGCUUCAGACCCAGAUGGAUGAAGAUGAAGCAGCCAAGUACAGACAGAUGAGGGCUUAUUUGUCAGGUUUUGAAGAACAGUGUGACGCCAUCUUAAGUGAUGUGAACAGCGCUCUUCAGCACUUGGCGUCAUUGCAAAAGCAAUAUCUCUUUGUGUCAACCAAAACGGGAACUCUGCACGAAGCCUGUGAACAGCUACUGAAGGAGCAGUCAGAACUUGUGGAACUGGCAGAAAAUAUCCAACAGAAACUGUCAUAUUUUAAUGAACUGGAAAAUAUCAACACAAAACUGAGUUCCCCGACGUUGUCUGUUAACAGCGAAGGUUUUAUCCCUAUGCUGACUAAACUUGAUGAUUGUAUUACGUAUAUUUCCUCACAUCCAAACUUUAGAGAUUAUCCUGUAUAUUCAACAAAGUUCAAGCAAUGCCUUUCUAAAGCUAUGCACUUCAUGAAGAUGUACACUGUGAACACCCUGCAGAACCUCACAAACCAACUGAUUAAAAGGGAUCCCUCUGCUGUGCCAAAUUCAGAGAAUGCCUUCACAUUAUUUUAUGUGAAGUUCCGAGCAGCUGCUCCCAAAGUUAGAACGCUUAUUGAGCAGAUAGAGCAGCGAUCAGAGAAAAUGUCAGAGUACCAGCAACUGCUGAGUGAAAUACAUCAAUGCUACCUUGAACAGAGAGAACACUUGCUGGGGCCCAGUAUCACUAGUACUGUCACGGAAUUAACCAGUCGGAACAGCAGAGAUCAUUGUGCUCUGGUUCGAAGUGGCUGUGCCUUUAUGGUCCAUGUGUGCCAGGAUGAACAUCAACUUUACAACGAGUUCUUCACAAAACCGACACCAAAACUGGAUGGACUUUUAGAGAAGUUAUGUCUGUCCCUGUAUGAUGUCUUCAGGCCAUUAAUCAUCCAUGUAAUUCACUUAGAAACUUUGUCUGAGCUCUGUGGGAUUCUGAAAAAUGAAAUGCUUGAAGAUCAUGUGCAAAAUAAUGCUGAACAGCUGGCUGCUUUUGCUGCCGUGGUCGAGCAGAUGCUGGAGGAUGUCCAGGAGCGCCUGGUCUACAGGACGCACAUCUACAUCCAGACGGACAUCGCAGGCUACAAGCCGGCCCCGGGGGACCUGGCCUAUCCCGCCAAGCUGGAAAUGAUGGAGCAAAUAGCACAAAGCUUGAAAGAAGAAGAGAAGAAAUUGUCAGUAGAUGGUUCAUUCUCAGAUGUGAAGCUGGAAGAUCCAGAAAGCUGCAGUCUGGGGAAACCUGAUGCGUCAGAAUCCUGCCCUCCCAGAACUUAUACCACGAUUUCGCCGGCAGAUCUCCACGGAAUGUGGUAUCCCACUGUCAGAAGGACUCUCGUAUGUCUCUCCAAGCUUUACAGAUGCAUCGAUAGGGCCGUGUUCCAGGGGCUGUCCCAGGAGGCCCUGUCUGCCUGCAUCCGGUCGCUGCUGGAGGCUUCAGAUUCCAUUACCAAAAACAAGGGCCAGGUUGACGGGCAGCUUUUCUUAAUAAAACACCUUUUGAUUCUUCGUGAGCAAAUUGCUCCUUUUCACACUGAAUUCACCAUUAAGGAAAUUUCCCUGGACCUUAAGAAAACUAGAGAUGCUGCCUUUAAAAUCCUGAAUCCCCUGACAGUGCCGCACUUUUUCAGACUUAGCAGCAGCAACGCGUUGAUACAGUUCUUAUUGGAGGGCACACCGGAGAUCAGGGAACAUUAUAUUGAUUCUAAGAAGGAUGUGGAUCGGCACUUGAAAUCCGCCUGUGAGCAGUUCAUUCAGCAGCAGACAAAGCAGUUUGUAGAUCCGCUGGAGGAAUUCCUGGCAAAGGUUUCUGCUUUGAAGACAAUGGCUAAAGAAGGGGGCCCAACGUACAACCUCCUGCAGCAGCCAUGGACACAGCCAGCUAAGGUUGGUGACUUGGUGUCUUCAACCUACAGGACAAUAAAAACAAAACUGCCGACAACAUUACGGAGAAUGUCGCUGUAUUUGUCCAAUAAGGACACAGAAUUCAUUCUGUUCAAGCCAGUCAGGAACAAUAUUCAGCAAGUGUUUCAGAAGCUACACAGCCUGCUGAAAGAAGAAUUUAGUAAUGAGGACCUCCAGAUUGUUGCAUGCCCUUCAGUGGAUCAGGUAAACCUCCUUUUGUCCAUGACCAAAUAGCUGCUCUGCAAAACCUGUCCAACCUCUGCCUCAAACAGUGAGGAAGGAAGACUUGCUGGAAGGAAGACCUCCAGACUCCCACCCACCCAUUUCCACAGGAAGAGGAUCUGGGGUGUGAAACACUUCCGAAGGUGCUGGCUUCAACCUCUCUGUCUGUUGUCUGCCUUCAGAAUCAUAUAUAAAAUCUUAUUUCUCCCCUUGCCUUUAUUCUGCACCUGUUGUAUACCUGUUUUUUUGGGAGUUGCAUUAAAAAUAGAGACCCUAAACUGCAUAGACAAGGACCCAAUGAAGCAAGUGCAUCCUUUGGUGGCUGACCGAUCCGGCUGUUGAGCCGGAGCCCUCUGAAGCACAACCCCUCGUGUGUCACUAACUUGCAGAAGAGUGAGCCUUGCGCAACUGCCCUCACAGUGAGCGUCAGAGGGGGCGGCUUCUGCAUGCUUGCUGCCAUAUCAGCCCAUCACCAGGUGGAACUUUUCCCUCUGACGCCAUCACGGAGGCUGUCUGCACUCCCUCUGCAUGACGCUGGUGAGGAGGCUUGAGGAGUGUUUAGACGCAGGCGUGAUUCCACCCUUCAUACACUUGCUUGGGAAAGGCCGCUCUUUGCUUCCGGUUGCUGAGGGCCUGCCACAGUGUUUCAUGCAGUGUCCUGUCCUGAUGGGUGCUGCCACCUGCUGCUUUUUUUCUGCUCUGCAAGGAAUCUCUGUCUGAUUUGGUGUGCACACGAUGUGCAGAGAACAUGGUGCAGUUUGACCAGGAAAGAAAAGGCCAGGCCAGUGCGCUUGAAUGGCAGCAGCAAGGCCUGGCUGAGCUGGAAAAGUUCAGGUCCUGAACUGUUCACGUAAAAGGUGGGUGGGACUUUACAGGAUUCAGCUGAGUAGAGCCGUCUGUCUGCCAGUCUGUAGGGUUUGAUGGCAAAGCCAAGCCACCAUUUGUUGUGAAAUCCAGCACAGUGGGGCCAGCCGCUGUUACGGGAAUGGCAGGGAAACAGCCCCAGUUUCCUGUGUAAGAAUGUGUCUGUUAUCUCCUCCCCCCCCCCCCCCCCCCCGGUGAAUUGCAACAUAGCCUGCACAUUGGUUCAGUCCUGUGUGUCCUGGAGAGCUGUAACUUCCCAAAUAAAUCCAUUUCAAAUAAAGCCCAUAGUGGCUGACACACAAGGGAGACUAUUGCGCCCCCCACCCUACUGAUUGGAAUGUCUUGCUCUUUUCUGCAUGGAAGUGCCUUGAUGAAGGAUGACGUUUUUGGGAAUGCAAAUGAAGCUCUGUUCAACUUGUUGGUUUAGAAAAAGAAGCCUUCAUAUUGUUUAGGGUGAUCUGCAGGGUGUGGUGGGUGUGCUCUGUGAUGGGGCGAGUGGUUGACGCCCUGGGCCGUGCGUGUGUCGGGAGCCAAGGAUCAGAGCGACUGUUGUCUGGAAAUCAUCAAAAUGCUGUGUUGCAUUUUGGGCGGGGGUGAUCUUUUGUCAGCUUGAUUGAGCUUCUUUGAUUGAAUUUAAACACUUGUGCUGUGAAGCUUAACAAGCUUUUAAAGCUCAUGAGUGCUCCAGUGGAGGGGAAAGUCAGCUGACGACGUCACAGAUGGGCAGGAGUCUUGAUGCCCAAUGAUUGAGCAAUAAAAGCAAACUCCCAGUGAUGCUUGGAUGCAGCCAGGACUUCUGAGGGCAAAGUCCUCUUCAGUGGAAUGAAAAUUCCCCUGGGUGAGCUGCAGUUCCUCAGGGCAUGUCAGGAGUGUCCUUUGGAUUUUGCUUGUAUCGCUUAAAACACCACAUCCAAAUCCCCCCCUUCCAAGCAGCCUGACCUGUGCUGUGGGACUGUCUGGUGCCUACAGAACCGUGAAUAACAUUUGAGCGAACAGAAGAGUUACGACUGCAAAGCAAAUCCAUAUAAGUUGUGUAAAAUAAUGUCCGGUGGUGGGGGUGGUGGGGUGCGUGUGUAUAAAUGUACAUUUGGCAAUUUUACAGGGUUUUCCUACAUGAUUCUUGAAUAAAGUUAUGAUACGUUUUAAUCAAAAGUUAUGUGAGGGUUGGGAAUUUGGUGACAAAUUUAAAUAGUUAAGAAGAAAAUAUUUCAUGGGUGAUCUUUGUACAGUGCCCUUACUUAAAUGCAGGCUUAUUUAAGACUACAGUUUCAGAUAUUUACGUAUGCAAACAAUGUACAUAAUUUAAAACAGAUUAAUUUAAUAUCUUUAUAUUAUUGACUAGAGUCCUGUUUUUAAAUGUGUUUUUUUUCUUUUUCAAAUAAAAACUUUGGUUUCUUA